GCCAUGUUGGAGCUACAUUGGAUUCGGGUUGGGAUUUUCUGACGCCGUAUGUUUUUCUACAAUUAUUUGUUUCCAAAUAUUGUUGGGGUUCGUGUACCGCGCGCGUUUAGCGCCGUAAGUGGCAGUGGAAAUGAUGAACUCCAGUGUCGACCUGUCCCGGAGGAAUCCGCAGGAGGAUUUCGAGCUGAUCCAGAGGAUAGGAAGCGGCACAUACGGAGAUGUGUACAAGGCUCGCAAUGUAAACACAGGAGAGCUGGCUGCUAUCAAAGUCAUCAAACUGGAACCGGGUGAGGACUUUGCUGUUGUCCAGCAGGAGAUUAUAAUGAUGAAGGACUGUAAGCACUCCAACAUCGUAGCCUAUUUUGGCAGUUAUCUCCGGAGAGACAAGUUAUGGAUCAGUAUGGAGUACUGUGGGGGAGGUUCUCUGCAGGAUAUCUAUCAUGUAACCGGGCCUUUGUCAGAGUCACAGAUAGCCUACAUGUCACGAGAGACCCUGCAGGGUUUAUACUACUUACACAAUAAAGGCAAAAUGCACAGAGACAUUAAGGGGGCCAACAUCCUCCUGACAGACAACGGCUAUGUUAAACUAGCUGACUUCGGUGUAUCGGCCCAGAUCACAGCGACCCUUGCCAAGAGGAAGUCAUUUAUCGGAACCCCAUACUGGAUGGCUCCAGAGGUAGCAGCAGUGGAGAGGAAAGGAGGCUACAACCAGCUGUGUGAUAUCUGGGCUGUGGGCAUUACUGCAAUAGAGCUGGCUGAACUGCAGCCGCCCAUGUUUGACCUGCACCCUAUGAGGGCUCUCUUCCUAAUGACCAAGAGUAACUUCCAGCCUCCAAAGUUGAAAGAUAAACUCAAGUGGACAAAUAACUUCCACCAUUUUGUCAAACUGGCCCUCACCAAGAACCCAAAGAAGAGGCCCACAGCUGAGAAACUGCUGCAGCACCCGUUUGUGUCGCAGCCUCUCAGCAGGACGCUAGCUAUAGAGCUGCUGGACAAAUCCAACAACCCUGACCACAGCACAUUCAACGACUUUGAUGAUGACGACCCUGAACCUGAGUCUCCGGUCUCUGUUCCUCAUCGUAUUCGUUCCACCAGCAGGAGCGCCAGGGAAGGAAAGACGCUGUCGGAGAUUAACUUUGGUCAGGUGAAGUUUGACCCUCCGUUGAGAAAGGAGACAGAACCUCAUCAUGAGCCGUGUGAAUCUGAGCCCUAUCUGGACUGUGUUGAGGAGCUCUACUAUACCGCCAGAUCUAAUAUGGAUUUGCAGUUGGAGUACGGCCACGACUCGCCAAGUCUACUGGGAGGAAAUAAGAGUCUUCUAAAAUCCGUGGAGGAGGAGCUGCAGCAGAGGGGCCAUGUGGCACACUUAGGGGAUGAUGAGGAUGAGGAUGAUGAUGGUGCAGAUGAUGAUGAAACUCACACUCAUAAAUCCAGCACUAUUAUGAGGCCAAAGGUCCCGCCUCCACUUCCUCCCAAGCCCAAGUCCCUCUGCGCAUCCCAACAGCAACAAAAACAGGAUGAGAGCCAAUCACACAGCGAGGACGACGGCGGAGGGGGAGGUACCAUCAAACGCUGCCCUGUCCCGGAGACGCCAAGCCCCGCCAAACCCGCCUCUAACGUCCCCCCGCGGCCCCCACCCCCGAAGCUUCCGCCCCACCGCCGCAGCAGCCUAGGUAACGAGAGCCCCAAGCGCACGGACGCGGAAAACUCUGCUCCAGAGGAUGAUGGGAGCUUUAGACAUUUCUGGGAGUGGCUCCACACGCCUCACACAGAGGAGGAGCUGGAGGAGGCAUGGGAGGUGCUGAAGGAGGUGAAAGAGGAGCAGGAAAAAGAGGAGGAAAAGGAAGAGAGUAAUGGGCUGAAUUCUCCGCACAGUGGAGAUAGGGACAGUCCAGCAGAAAGACAGUCCACUAUGCCCCCUAGUGUCCCCACACGGAAAGAUAAGAAGGACAUUCCGAAGCCAAUCAGCAAUGGGCUCCCCCCGACACCCAAAGUCCAUAUGGGCGCGUGUUUCUCAAAGGUGUUCAAUGGAUGUCCUUUGAAGAUCCACUGCGCAACAUCCUGGAUCAAUCCUGACACCAGAGAUCAGUAUUUGAUAUUUGGCGCUGAAGAGGGAGUCUACACUUUAAAUCUAAAUGAACUGCAUGAAACUUCCAUGGAACAGAUCUUCCCUCGGCGGUGUACCUGGCUAUAUGUCAUGAACAACUGUCUUCUUUCCAUAUCUGGAAAAGCCUCUCAGCUGUACUCUCAUAGUCUGGGCGGCCUGUUCGAACAGGCCAGACAGUUACAGAAGUUACCAGUAGCCAUUCCCACACACAAGCUGCCUGAUAAGAUGAUUCCCAGGAAGUUUGCUGUGUCCAAUAAAAUUCCAGACACUAAAGGUUGCCAAAAGUGCUGCGUAGUUCGAAACCCGUACACAGGCCAUAAGUACCUUUGUGCAGCCUUUCAGUCCAGUGUCAUGCUGUUGGAGUGGGUGGAGUCCAUGCAAAAGUUCAUGCUCAUUAAGAACAUCGACUUUCCAUUGCCGUGCCCGCUGGAGGUCUUUGAGAUGUUGGUGGUCCCAGAGCAGACCUACCCUCUGAUCUGUGUGGCCGUCAGUAAAGGCACAGAACUCAACCAGGUGGUCCGGUUUGGCACGGUCAACCCCAACUCUACCUCCUCCUGGUUCACAGAAGCAGACACACCACAGACGUGCGUGAUCCACGUCACCCAGCUAGAGAGAGAUACUAUUCUAGUCUGCCUCGACAGGUGUAUAAAGAUAGUGAACCUUCAGGGCAGGUUGAAAUCCAGCAGGAAGUUGUCAGCCGAGCUCACCUUUAACUUCCAGAUCGAAGCAACAGUUUGUCUCCAAGACAGUGUACUAGCCUUCUGGAGGCAUGGCAUGCAGGGACGGAGUUUCAAGACCAAUGAGAUCACCCAGGAGAUCUCUGACAGCACACGCAUCUUUAGACUACUGGGAUCAGACAGAAGUGCUGACGGUACGGAUCCAGAGGUUGAGGAAAGAGGCCUCACUGUGCCCAGAGUGGUGGUGCUGGAGAGCAGGCCGACGGACAACCCCACAGCCCACAGCAACCUCUACAUCCUGGCAGGCCACGAGAACAGCUACUGAGACUCACAACACAGAUCAACACACAUGCACAUGAAAAUACUCUCUAAACAGCCUACCACUAAUGCAAACAGGGGAGAGAGCAACUGGGAGACGCACUCAGUUUAACUCCACCACUAACUCACCCAGCCUCCUUUGGGGUCGCGUGACCAGGAGAGGAGGGAGCUGUUCGUGGGUGCUGAUGUGGGUUCCCAGUUGCAGAAGUUUGAGUAAACCACAGUGUUACAUGUGUUACACUAGCUGAGUGUGUUGUAGUAGAGCAGCGGGUUGUUGACACUUUUCUGACACAGUGAGGUUUGAAACUGCUGGUCUGUACCCAGAAUCUUCCUUGAUACCCUCCCCUGCACACUGCACACUGGGAAAAAAAAUCUACAUCCAGCAUAGAAGUCUGACUUCAACACUACUUCUACUACUACUUGUACACAUACUACAACUACUACUGCUACUGCUACCUGCGCUAAGCCUCACAGAAGAGCCAUCUUGCACAGAAAAACUCUUAGUCCUUCAUCUUUUCUUCCUCUGUCUCCCUUCUCUCUUCCCUUCUCUCCCCCCUUUUUUUUUUAAACUACACCUUUAUUUAUUGUGGCAUGAUGUAACUUUAACAACCAGGAUGGCUCACCUGUUUUAUUUGUUUUUUGUUUUUUAAAAAAGGAUAAAAAAAGAGACUAAAAAAGCUUUGCCACUUCUGCUAGCAUCAAAUUCCGAUACCCGUCACCACACCACACAAGUGCUUAAUUGACCUCUAUUUAAUUGUUGUAAAUAUAAAUGUAGUAUUUUUUGACAGACGAACACUAAGAAGAUUGGUCAUGUAGAUAGGUGUAUGUAUAGUUGUUCUGUAGAACUGUGGAGACAGACAGACAGACAGACAGGCAGACAGAGACUGGUGCGGAGGAGUGACAGGGCAGUAAAUUCACUUCCUGCUUCUGUGGUCAUGUGAGGAUAAUCAGGAAGCGCCCUGCAGUCUCCUCAGGUGGACAGCUUUAGUAAUGUGAUACUACAUUCUGGAGCUCAGGGUUGGCUUGAGUAAACACAGCAAGCAGCACUGAUUGGUCAUUUUCCCCUUAGCAUGACUCACCCAAAAAACCUCCUGCUUGUCUGCACCACAGCAACAGUCGUCUGGGCUGCAGAUAUUACAAGCUGUAUUCUUUUAAGUUUUCACUCACUCUUUGACACCCUCCUUUUAUUUUUAAAUGCUGUUUUAAUCAGAACGCUUUUUUCCCCCAUUUUUUUUUUCUUUAUUUUUAUUGAACCACUGGUGUUUAAAAAUUUGCACAAAGAAAAAGGUAUUAGACAAACAAAUGUGAUGUCAUUAUAAUAUAUGACCUUGUGUGUAUGCACAAUGUUCGUGUGUAUGUGUGUAUGCGUAGACUUAGAAUAUGCACAUACAAGUGCAUCAUGUACAGAUCUGGUCUUUAACAAGUGACAGUCAUGUUUUUGCUUGAGCCCCCCCCAAAAAAUCAAGAUUUACACAGAAAGAGAAUUAUUUAUGUUUAUCCAGAGGACCCGGUUUAUUUUAGUUUUGAGGGAUCAUUUCUGGCAUUUUAUUUAACAUCUCCCACUUCUACAUGGCUGGUAUAUAAAAGUACAAGGAUAUAUUCUGUUAAAGUAACUCUAUAAAAUGACUUUUGACACUAGAAAACAGUUUAUAAUCAGUGGCAGAAACCCCAUUUCACAUGGUUAUCCAGAGAAGAUGAUUUAAUUGCUUCAAACUAUAUUCAAUUUGUGCUUGACAAAGACCUAUCAAUCUAGGAAACGAUAACAUGUAGGCAAUAUGCAAUGUAUCAACCUUUCAGAGUACAAAAAGAACCAAAAGCCUGGCUCUCAUUCCUAGCUAGCUUCUGUGCUACUAGCCUCCAAACAAAAAAGCAUAUUUUCUAUAUGGAGAAGUGAAAACAAGAUUUGGGAUUCUUAUGUGAAUCAAAUACUACUAUGCUGGAAAAAUUCUCAAUGCAACAUUUUUUGUUAGUAUUAAACAUCUGUAAAGUCUUAGAUAAGUCCCAGUUGCCUAAUGCUAGCAAAACAGCUUGUUUAGCUUGGAUUGUCUAUCUAUAACAAUGAGGUAGGAUUAGCUAGUAAAAUAUUAGCUACCCAUUUAGCUUCUGAAAGGAACAGAAGACUGUUUCUAUGUUUCAGCUCUCUCAAAAAAGAACCUUCUAUGACAAAAUUGAGCUUUGAACGCUAAUAGACAAUUAAGCUAGCAAAGAAACGUGGCGGCUAAUUAAAUUUCUGUGCAAGUCGAAGUUUUUCAUUCAUUUAAGUCAUAUUUGGGGAAGUUUUUAACUUCAGCCUUUGUUGCUGUGACUUUUUUAAAGCCUAUAUCUGUAUGAGAGAUCACUUCAUGCAUGUCAAUGUGCACUCUGUGGUGUGUAGGAGAGUCUACAUGUGGCAGUACACUACCAGUCUUUACAAGCUGUGACACAAGAGGUUGGUAAAAGAGGACGAGAACACUAGUUUAGCUGAACAGUGAAAAUAUAUAUAUGUCAAAUACAGGGCUGAAAUGUUGAAUUGAGAUAUCAAUUCCUCAUUUGUCUAUUUUCUCAAAGUUUACCUUUGGAGUGAAUGAAAAAUGAUUCUGUGAAUUUAAACAUUUCAGCCAUGUUGCUAUAUGUUACUGAGGUGGUUUUUAAAGGAACAUGUUGCCAUGUUGGGGGAAAGAAUGUAACAGCUUCAUGUUCCUAGUUACUCUUUAUCAAAACUUUAUUCAAUUCAAUCUGAUUACUUUCCACUUUGUAAAACAUUACACCUUUUUUUCUCACACUCAACAUUGCAGCAUGUCCUCUCUCCCAACAUUCGGUGACAGUAAACCUACCAUUGCCACUUUACACUGUUUCAUAAGGGUCUCAUGGGUGUUAGUUAUUGAGAUAGACAUCCUCCCACUAGAUUUCAGCUCCUGAUACUUAACUGCAAGUAAUUCAAUUAGUCUUGUUAAAUGUAAAGAGUUUGAAUCCAGUGUGAGGAUAUCAAAUAUUAGUCUCUUUUCUUGUGCACACUUUUAUUUUUUAGUAUCCCCACACUUUGCACCUGGAAAACAAAUUUUAUAAAUUUGAACAACAUUAGACUUGAACUUAAUUGCCAUGUAGUAAGUAUGGAGUGGAAAAUUCCCCAAUGUGGUGCCCUUUUUUUUGACUUGUUAUCGCCAUUAAUCAGCCAAACAAGUUGAACUGCUCUGCAACAGCUGGAGCUGAGCCAUGUCCAGGUCACAAACUCGCUUGAGUCAGGCAAAAAUGUGUCAAACUGUAGCUCGGUGAAUGUUGCAGUAUCACAUUUAUAAAAUUGAACCAGUAACCUUAGACCUUAAAAAGCCUUUAAAAACAAAAGCAAACAAUGUAUUUUUAGCAUUUUUUAAAUUGCCUUUUCAGUGAAAUCACUACCCCUGAUAAGUGAUUUAGCCACACUCCUGCUGAGCAAUGUGCUUGUAGCCAAUGUGUUUUUAGGCUGUGUCAUAGAUUGAGGGCUGCAACUAAGUUGUAUUCACAUUAUGAGGCUGUAUGAAAAGAAUAUUCUCUCAAGAAAUCGUUCUUUCAAUGUCAAACAUAAGUUCUAACCGAAGCUUGAAAUCAGCAGCCAUUAACCUAAUUAAAAGGUGUCAUACAUUGGCUCAGUUCAUUUGAAUUUAUUGAUUUUUAGCGACCUAAUUGGUCAUCAUAUCAUGCAUUGCAAAACAUGUUACCAGUUCAUACUUUUAUGGGUGAAUGUAUCCUCAGUUUUUGACAAUUACAGCUUGGUUGAUGUCAGAUGACAUAAAUUUGAAGUUUUUAAAUGUAACGCCAAAUUAUGUUGUUGUAAAUUUUAUCGGCCAAGUUUAGAUAGUCUACCUCGUGUCAAGUCCUUGAUGAAAAAGCUGACAUCUAUGAACAUCGUUAAAGGUUAAUACUAAACAAAAAUGUUCUCAGAGAUGAGUUCAAAUGUCUUUGUUCUGUCUUACUGUUCAUAAAUGACCAAAACACUUUCAGCUAGAUACUAAAACACUUAAAAUGAAGUCAAAGUCCAUCACAGAUUGUUUUAAAAAUGGCCUCAAGUUUCACGUUUUUUUCACCAGUCUACUUAGAGCCUUUUAUUUUCUUUACAUUUUCAGACAUUGUAUCUUAGCAGAAUUACAAAGAACAUUUCUGAAGGAUAAAAUAUGCGUUCAAACAUGUCUUUUAUCAUCAACUCCAGAUUAUACUGUUCUCUAAAGCAGGUGCCAACAUGGCCUUCCAUCGUGGUUUUGCUGAUUUUCUUUUUAUCUGAACUACUUCCAAGUCAAAUCACAUGUGGAAAAAUCGAUCAUAGUGAUUGUUCUCAGUUGAUGUGAGCACCAGAUGUUGACAGGCACAUGAUUAAACAUGACUAAAUUGGCAUUGAGAUCUUUCUCCAUGUCUGCAUGUGGUGAAGUUGAUCAUUCUAGUGCUCCAUCCUGACUAAGUAAACCCUCUUUGCAGAAGCUGUUUUAGCCCAGGUCUACACAAUGAUACAAAACAAGUCUCCUCUGUUCUGUCACAAUUACAUCACCUUUGUCUUUUGUUUUCAUAAUGCAAUGCACACGUUAUGAAAUGUAUAUAUUGUAAAAUAAAAAUGGGUUUGUUUUACAUACUGUAUAAUUGCCUAUAUUUUGGUUCAGAAGUGUAACAGAUUUAUGAGAUGACAGGUUAACACAUUAAAAAGAAGGAUAUCAACCA